UCGGGCCCGAGAGCGAGAGUCGGAGCGAACUGCCGGGACCGGAUCCCACCCCCGAGCGCCCCCGCUGCGUGGAGUAUUAACGGGAACAUCCAGAGUAGUGUAAAAACUUUCACAAUGAAAUCUGAAGCCAAGGAUGGAGAGGAGGAGAGUCUCCAAACUGCUUUCAAGAAAUUAAGAGUGGAUGCAUCAGGAUCCAGAGCAGCUCUGUCUGUUGGAGAAGGAACAGGAGUCAGAGUGUCAGGCAGAACAGCAGCAGAUGAUACCAAACCUAAAACCACGUGUGCUUCUAAGGACAGUUGGCAUGGGUCUACAAGGAAGUCUUCUCGAGGAGUGGUGAGGACCCAGCGUCGACGGCGCUCUAAGUCUCCUGUCCUCCAUCCUCCAAAGUUCAUACAUUGCAGUGCAAUAGCUUCUUCCAGCAGCCAGCUCAAACACAAAAGCCAGACUGAUUCUGCUGAUGGCAUUUCCACUCCUAAAGAAUUCAGUGCUGGAGAAGGCUCCACUUCUCUUGAUGUAGGCCACCCAGGGGCAGUCGUGGAGCCGCUGAGACCUUCAGCUCCAAGGCUCCCUUCAGAGAGUAAGAAGGAAGACUCUUCUGAUGCUACCAAGCUCUCCCGAACAAGUCUCCAAGCCAGUGAUCUCUCUGACUUUCAAUCUGUUUCCAGGCUAAACCAGGGCAAACCAUGUGCAUGCAUAGGCAAGGAGUGCCAGUGUAAGAGGUGGCAUGAUAUGGAAGUGUAUUCCUUUUCAGGCCUGCAAAAUGUCUCUCCUUUGGCCCCCGAACGAAGAUCUGCGCUUGAGGACUACUCACAGUCGCUCCACACCAGAACUCUGUCUGGCUCACCCCGCUCCUGUUCUGAGCAAGCGCGAGUGUAUGUGGAUGAUGUGACCAUUGAGGACUUGUCAGGCUACAUGGAAUAUUACUUGUAUAUUCCUAAGAAAAUGUCCCACAUGGCAGAAAUGAUGUACACCUGAUAGCAAGAUGCCAAUCAGUAUGCUUUAAACCAAUGAAGGGUUGUCAGAGGUGAAGUGAAUGGCAGACCUUGCAGCCACUUGGUGUGAGAAGACAUCUCCUGCUCACUGUGCUUGCAAUAAAAACUUUUCUUGGCA